AUAGAAUCCAUUUUUGUGUAGGAAGUCUGCUAACUGUGUGCAAGCUGGUGAACUACUGUAGAUGGUCUUAAAUGCAAGCGUGUGUGUGUGUGUGUGUGUGUGUGUGUGUGUGUGUCUGUCUCAGAUGUGGGCUUCAAGCUACUUAAGAAGCGUGUAAUGUUUUUGACUGACAUCGCACUUUGGAGUUUUAUCCAUUAACAAAAUGGGAGGAGAGAGAUUGCGACUGAAGGCCUCACUGCUGGCUCUUUUCAUUCAUCUCUGUUGUCACGGCAACCGGCCCAAUGUUUUCCAGCUUCGCAGCGGACGGCAGACACUCUCACUUCAGACGCGUCGGUUGUCGUGCGGUGACGUCGCAGGUGCGCGGGUUUGACACCGACAGAUUAGCGAGCUAAUGUGGGCUAAUCCCGCCGACGAUAGACACACGCACACACACACACACAGCCAUGUCGAAUGUGUGAGUAACACGUUGUGGAUUAAACCAGGCGCAAAUACUCUGCCCGUUAAAGUGAGACACGCAGACGCGCACAUUAGUCAUACACACGCAGCUGAUCCAGUGCCCGUGUAAGAAGCACGUCUUUAGUUUGAUCUCAAAAUGGCCUCCGUGGGAUGAUGAAAAGGUCACAAAUGGAUCAGAGAGACGAAUAAUAAACGCCUCCCUCGGGAUAAACUCCACCGUUUUUCCCGAUCUGGAGAAAAAAAAUUGUGUCAUUAUGUCGCUACAUCAACGCACGUAAACCACUUCCUUUACAUUGAUAUUCCUUUUACUUUCAUUUUAAAGUCCGCUAGCUUGAUGCUAACACAUAAUAGGAAAUGCCUUAGACGGGCUAACCAACAGCAUCCAUGUGGCAAUGCUUUAAGCAACGGAUAUUUGAACAUGAAUGAUGUAGCAACACAUCGACAAUAUAACAAAACAAACGGGUAUAUAUUCUUUAUCCUCUGCGAAAAAUGUCUGAUAUCAGUGCCGCCUAUUGAGUCACUCGCGGUAGUUGUGAAAGUCGUUUGUGACUGCUUGACUGUAUUAUGCACUUUGGCGUCAUAUUGUGGCAUCCUGGAGCCAAGGAACUGAGUUGAAGUGAGUUGAAGAGCUUCAAAAGUAGUGCUUCGCUACCAUCUUAUGGCAGCUGUAGACAAAUCUUUGACUGUUGGGUACACAAAAUAAUUGUGAGGCAAUGUUCCUAUGGUGGCGGGCGGUUAGAGCGUCUGCCUCACAGUUCUGAGGGCCGGGGUUCAAAUCCCGUUUGGUGGGCUUGUUCUUCAACACCACACUCAUCCGAGCGAGACUGCAUAGCCUUGACUUUGUGCACCGGGAAGAGGAAAAGCGUGUCAAACUUCCUGCUUCCAUUUUUUACGACAUCUUGGUUUUCUUCCAAGAAUCUUUGCAUUCCUUUGAGGUGAGACGCGUUGUCCUUCAUAAAACAUCUCCAACGCUUUGAUGUCAGUUGCCUUCUUUCCACGGUCAAAAGUCCUCGCCAACGCGGCGUUUUAGACCCCAUUUUUCGAAAAAAGGAAGGGAGGGUUGCUGGGUAAUCUUUUUGAGAUUAAACUGUCGGGAUUACAAGAGUAGAGAGGAGGAUUACAACAUUUUUUUUUAAUUUUUUUGCAUUAUUUUGUUUUUAAAUCCCGAGCUGCACGUCGGAGCGUGUCGAAUGGGAACAUAAAGUGAGGCGAUUAAGCCGUUUGAUUCUACGCAUCUUGUACGUUGUCACUGUUGUUAUAUUUGCCGGCUGUGUGUUGCCAACAUUUGAAUGAUUUUUAACUCGAUAACCAGCCGCAAUUGUUGCCGGAUUCAAAUGUAUUGAUUCUCCGCAGCAAAGCAGCACGACAGAACACGCGCACAGUACAAGCUGUUGUACUUCCUGUUUUGAUUUCUUCUGCAGCCCUUUAUAGGCAGCAAAUAAUUGAAAUCUUAAUUUUAUAUAUAUAUAUAUAUAUAUAUAUAUGAAUGCUUGACAUGCAUACUGGAUUAACCUGAUUGAAUUUCACACUUUUGAAUCUUGUUAAUGAUCCGAAAAUUGACAAAACACACAUAUUUGACAUGCCUGUUAAGGUUUGCAGGCCUGCCACUAUUUGACCAAAGCGCGAGCUGCCCCUCGUAUUUGGACCAAAACGUUUGGCCGACGCUUCUGAGAAGGUCUUCUUUAAUUGGAUGCGGAGCGUAGCGGCUGCGAUGUCCUCAGCAUUCCGGUGCCCAUGCGGCGCGGCGGCUCCGAGUCCAACCUGGACGCGGUGGACGGCGUGGGACGCAACGGCGUGGGCCUGGACUUCCACAGGGGGGCGCUGGGCAUCGACAGCCUGCAGCAGAAGAUCCUCAAGGUGACGGAGCAGAUCAAGGUGGAGCAGACGGCGCGGGACCAGAAUGUGGCGGAGUACCUGAAGCUGGUCAAUAACGCCGACAAGCAGCAGGUGGUGCGCAUCCGUCAGGUGUUUGAGAAGAAGAACCAGAAGUCGGCGCACUCCAUCGCCAGGCUGCAGAGGAAGCUGGAGCAGUACCACCGGCGCGCCAGGGACAGCGAGGCCAACGGCAAGCACGGCCACAAGGACGGCGCCCGGGACUCGGGCGGCCACAGCAAGGAGGGCAACCUGCGCGACGUCAGCUCCUCGGGGCGGCACCCCGCGCUGGACAAAGUCAAGACCAUCGGGCCGGGCGUGUCGCUCUCGCCUCCGUUCUUCUUCAACAAGUCGCGCGGCUUCGCCAAUCUCAUCCGCAACAAGUACGGCAGCGCCGACAACAUCGCACACCUCAAGAGCAUGGACGCUGGGUCGGGGCUCCACGCCGAGGGCGGCGGCCGGGGCCUGGGCGGCAGCGCCACCACCGUGGCCAAGGCCGGGAAGUACCACAGCGACGACGAGUGCUCCACCGGAACCUCGGCCUCCGUCGACUCCAACGGCAACCCGGCCGGGGGCUCGGCGGCCGGCUCGGGCGGCGGCGCCAGGUCCGACGGCACCGGGCGGCUGGCGGAGGUCCUGGACGUGGUCCGCGGCAUCCGGGAGGCUCAGACCCAGCUGGGGGACGACAUCGAGGCGCUCAACACGCAGUUUAAACGCGACUACGGAUACUUCACGCAGGUGCUGCACGAGGAGCGGUACAGGUACGAGCGCCUGGAGGACCAGCUGAACGACCUGACGGAGCUCCACCAGCACGAGACCAGCAACCUGAAGCAGGAGCUGGCCAGCAUCGAGGAGAAGGUGGCCUACCAGGCCUACGAGAGGGCGCGGGACAUCCAGGAGGUGCUGGAGUCGUGCCAGACGCGCGUGUCCAAGCUGGAGCUUCAGCAGCAGCAGCAGCAGCUGACGGUGCAGCUGGAGAACUCGGACGCCAAGGUGCUGCUGGGCAAGUGCAUCAACAUCAUGCUGGCCUUCGCCACCGUCAUCCUGGUGUGCGUGUCCACGGCGGCCAAGUUCGCCGCACCGCUCCUGCGCAGCCGCCUGCGCCUGGCGCUCACCUGCGUGGGCGUGGCCCUGCUGGCGGUGCUGUGGAAGAACUGGGAGCAUUUGCAGCGCUCCGUGGAACGGCUGCUGCUGCCGCACUGAGACCUCGCGCCCGCCGGUGAAGAUCCCAAACAUUUUGCGAGUACUGCGGUGCAUCUGCGUGUCGCCGUAGAGACACCAGACGACGAGGAGUUUACACAUCGCCUUUUACACCAGCGAAACUCCACAAAAGCUGCUGACGGACGUCCGCAAAGAAGCCGAAGACGGAGCUGGUCACAACGCUGCCUGCAGGGUACGUGGGGAAAAGAGAAACUUCGCACACCACCUGCCAUCUUUUCUUUGCGAGGAAAUGGAAAGAUGAAUUUGUGCAUCUCGGUCAGUGUUUCACAAACUCUAUUGAGCCAAAGCACAUAUUUUGUUCUUUUUAGCAUUAAGCUAAUCAGACUUUAAUAAGCUUUAACGCUAUUUGGUUGUUGGAAAUGCACAGUGUGUCGUUCUCUUCGUUUUAUCUUUAGUUUGUACUCGUACCUCAAUUUUCCGCGCGCAAGUCAAAGCAAACGAUUGGCCGAACGACGCCUCAUAUCUUGAAAAACUCCUAAAUCGGGUGACUCGUAUCUCAGGGCACCGCUGUACCCGGAAAUGACAACAAAGUCCCAAUUUGGUCUCAAUUUGAAGUUCAUUAUGCACCUUCUUCCAUCAAGUGGAAGCGCAUUGAAUUGAGCUGCCUGUCAUUGUACGUCGCUGGCAUCGAUAGAUGAACACAAGCUCCAGAAAGGUUCACUAAUUUCAUCCGUUUAUUGUAUUUGUGUGUGCUUUUCUCGUCUGUUUUGUGUAGAAUUACUGGGCUUUCUGUGUGUAGCAUUAUUUGCAUGGCAUCGGGCAACUGCUACGACAUGAUGCGAUGCAUUGACAUGUUUUAUAAACCUUGAAAAUGAUGGUGCAGCAUCCAUAAUUCACAAGUCAUCAUUUUCUCAUAUGCUUGUAUGCACAGGAACGGCAUUUAAUAUUUCCCAAAUGGUCAAACCGUUCCUUUACACUGUCAAGAAUUUUAUGAAAUGUUUCAUGUUUUUUGGUGAUCAAACAAAACAAAAAACAUGCCGGUGAACGGCCUUGAAUGACAUUUUGUGCUGCAUUCAAGCGCAGCAGGAACAGCAGCGCCAACGGUUCAAAGCGUUCCCAACUGCCGCAUAUUUUUAAAAAGAAUUGCUACCAGGUUGUUUUUUUGUGUCUUUUUUUGCACUCUUGACUUGAAGACCCUCCAAUCCCUAAAGGAGAGGCCGAGAGGAUGAGGUUUGUUGUAAAAUGGUGACGCCUCACCGAUCCCAAGUGGCCUUCACCACUUCAGAUUUGAGUGCAAACGUCCUGUCGUGUUCCGCGUGACCCGAAUGCAGCGUCGUGCGUGUGUAUGGAUGACGGAUGGAGGCGGACUGUAGCGCUCGAACCAGAUAGCACUGUGAAGAUGAUGGGGCUGUGACCCUUUGUUUUUGUCCCUUGUAAAGGCCAAAUAUGAACAAAUAUGUGGGAUUGUAACAAGGCAUUUAUUACUUUAAGAUUAGUUUUUUUUCUCCUAAAUCUGUCUCUGUUGAUAUUCCACAGCAUGUGUUUGUUUUUUAAUGAGAAAAAUGUGUUUCCAAAAAUGUCCUUGAUGUAUUUUUGGUAAAGAGCACUACAAAGCAUCAUUAGGAAAUAGAAAUAAAAUGACAUCGCGCGCCCUGUAAACGCAAA